GCUCGAGAGGCUCACCUUUUUACUGGUUUUUGUAUGGAUGAGCAGAACAGCUUAGGUGAAGUGAGCCACUUGUUAUACGCUGAUGAUGCGAUUAUUUUCUGUGAUGCGUCGGAGGAGGAGGUUUUCCAUUUGACUGCUAUUCUGCUUUGGUUUCAGAAUAUCACAGGGCUAAAGGUUAAUUUUGAUAAAAGCAAGUUGUUCCCGGUUGGUGAGGUGGAGUAUAUGGAUAGGUUUGCACAAAUUCUUGGUUGUGAUUGGCAGUUCCUUCCCACGAUUUAUCUUGGCUUACCACUCGGCGCUCCUCCGACUUCUUCGUCCAAUUGGAAUAAUGUUUUGGGUAAAGUGAGUAGCAGAUUGGAGGUGUGGAUGGCUUCUUAUCUCUCUUUGGCUGGACGAAUUACCUUGUGCAAUGCGGUCCUGGAAAUUCAACCUGCUUAUCUGUUUUGCCUGUUCAAUGCUCCGCGAUUUGUUGUUGAUAAACUUGAGAAGAUUCAGCGGGAUUUCAUAUGGUCGGGUCGUCAGGGUGAAAACAAACUCCACCUUGUUCCUUGGGACGUGUGUAAGGCUCCAAAACGGUUUGGGGGUCUUGGGAUUGCUGAUUUGAGGAUUCGUAAUCAGUCCCUCCUGUGCAAAUGGUGGUGGCGUUUUGCCCGUGAGCGAGAUGCGUGGUGGCGAGAGCUUAUUUCGUUUAAAUUCCCCAACGCUUCCUCGGAUUGGAUGUCGGGGGCCCGCUCAGGCCCUUGCGGUUCUAGUAUCUGGGCUCAUAUUCUGAAGACUAAAAAACUGUUUUGGAAAUUUGCUUAUGUUGAAGCUGGUGCGGGUUCGGGGGUUUCUCUUUGGCAAGACGUGUGGAUCAAAGGCAGGCUGCUUAGGGAGGAGUUUCCGCGUGUUUUUGCUGCUGCGGAGCUGCCCAACUGCCGGGUUUCCGAGGCUGCUAGUACUUCUGAGGGGAGAGUUGUGUGGGAUAUUCCUUUUAAAUUUUCCUUGAGGGGGAGUGCUGAGCAAGAGAGAGUGUCUCUUCUUAAUUUGCUUAAUGGAUUGCAUGCUGAUUCUUUCUUUUCAGGUCCUUCCAGACUGGUUUGGGGUCCUUCUCCAACCUCUGGGUACUCUGCCCACUCUUUCUAUUGUGCAGUUCUCAAGGAGCAGUUCCCUGGUUCUGCUUCUUUUCCCUUUCAUGUCAUUUGGAUGGCUGUGGCUCCUCCAAAGGUCUGCGUUUUUCUGUGGAUCGCGUUCCAGAAAAAAAUUAUUACACAGGAUGCUCUAAAGAGGAGGGGUUGGUUUCUUCCGAGCCGUUGUGCGCUGUGCAGAGAGCAGGAGGAAACCAUUAAUCAUAUUUUCCUCUCCUGUAGGUUCUCCAAAGAUGUUUGGAGGAUCCUCUCGGCUUUUGUUGAUCUGCAGACCUCUAGCUCGGACAUCUCUGACUUGAUCUCCAAGUGGCCUUGCAGGCAUCCGAGCAACGCUAAGGAGUGGUGCUCUGCCGUUUUCCUCCAUGCUUUCUGUUGGCGUAUUUGGCUCGAGCGCAAUUCCAGAAUCUUCAGGGAGGUCCACGAGAUCGUUCAAGUUGUGGCUUAUCGGAUUGCUUCAUGCAUCGCGGAUUGGUUGAGGGCGGCGCACAAGGUCGAUCCGAUGCAAGCUAAUGAAUGGCUGAGUGUGGUUAAGUCCCGCUUGUUCCCCAGAAUCGCUGUGCCCGUGACUCUUCCACUUGCUGCUUCCCCUGCGGAUGAUAUUGGCGACUCUGCUUUUCCCGGAUGAUUUCCCAUGCCAUACCUGGUUCCUGUUUUGUCCUAUCUUCAGGUCCUCUGUUUUUUUGUUCGUACUUGCUUGUGCUAUGCUGGUGAUCUUUUUCCUCGCUGAUUUGUUUCCUGGCGAUUGCUUGUGUCCUGUAUUCUUUUUCUUUUCUUUCCUGCUGGUUUGGGGGCGCUGUUUUGGGGAGGUUUGGGCUGUUUUGUUUCUUGUUGGUUUCGUUUGUACUUUUUUCUUGCUUUUUGUUUUCUAUUAAUAUAUUUCAUCAUUAUAAAAAAAAAAACGUUGGCAUUCACAAUUGGCCUAAAUACAAUUACAAACCCAAUACCUUAUAUUGUCAUAUAUAUGAAAGUUCAUCGUGGAGGUAAUUAAGAUGCUCAACUCACGUGAACCAGGUCGUUUGGUUGUUGAAUUUCGAACUCAAACCCUAAAUAUCAAAGAUCUGAUUAAAUCCGAUCGUACCCAUCGUCUGUUUGCUUCCCCAAAAUAUUUAUGUUCAAUUCAUGGCUCCAAAAAAAAUUGCAAUUUCUUUUCGGUUCUGAAUCUCUUGACCUCAACGAUUUACUGAAAUCUACAUAAAUUACUACUUGUAGCCUUUAGGGUUAACAAGGUACAUUCAUUUUCAAACACAUAAUUCCAGUUCUACAGAAUCCAUCAAACAAACAACAAAAAUUUAACCUUUUAAUCAAUCACAAACCCUUUUAUUUUCUAAAUCCAACCAUUUAACUAAAAUCUUUCAUUUUUCAAAUCAAACCAACUCCAUUCAUUGAGCAUUGCACAAAUGGACACAUCCAAGUUGCAAAAAAGACUCAUGAAAAAGCAAACUACGUAAUAAUGAUAUAGCUGAUCAGAUAGGACCAUAAACUUUCAACUUCACCUACCACACCCGCACCAAUGGCCACACCGGCUGACACUAAACUACAGUACUACUUUGUCUACUGCACAAACUCUCAUUUCUCCUUCUUCCAGUUGUCUGCACUUUCCCACCAACCCUACAAGACAACCUCCAACGUCGUCUAACUUUAAAGGUCCCUCCAACCCCACAAUUUUGCCGCCCCAAUUCCAUUUGUUUAUUUUAGUGGAUGGAUCCCCCAUUAUAUUUAGGGUUGUUAAUCAAUCAACAUUAACAAUCAUUACGUGCUAAUGUCAUCAAUGAUCUCAUCAAAUGAAUGUCAUCAUCCAAUGCAUCAACCUCCACCCGCCACCCUUCGUGGCGUAGACGAAGAGAGACGGUAUUCGAAAGAACGAAUAUGUUGGUAUAUCAGAUAUGGUGUAGAUUGUCGAACGUCGAACUGAUACUUCCACUUGCAUUAUCAGUGGGUAAUUAACCUGCUUCCUCCUGGCUCGCUGAUUAGUGACUCGAUGUUGAUUGAUUACUGGUGACGUUGGGAUUUGAGACCCAACGAAUCACACUGAUACUUCUCACUGAAAAAGGUGGUUGGUGAAAAAGAUUUAUUAAAGUGAGGGGAAAUUAAGUGACACAAUUUGAUUAUUAGUUUCAUUUAUUACCAAAUUCCAUGAAAUGUCAAAUGAGGAACAGGUCAGAAAUUAGCAACUUCUCGUAGUUGGUGAGCUUGGUAGCUUGUUGGUGACUGGUGAGUGAACUCCAGCCGGUCUUUUUUUCCGAAAUGGAAUAUUUGUUAUUGUCAUUUUUGUUCUAAAUCGAUACCAUCAAGUGUAUGGUCCAUUUGGUAAAAUAGAUCCAUUCAUAUGAAAAAAAAUUGGAGGUGCAAAUAAUAUCAAGUAAUUUUGGGUACUACUACUAUGACUAGCUCCGACAUUAGAGAGUAAUAAGCCUCCGUUUUAACGCUCUAACUAUUAGAGAAAACUGCAACAAGAAAUCUUCUAAUGUACA